UUCGUCAACCGCACGCACAAUGAUAUUGAUGUAUGACUUGCCUUGCAUUUGAUGCCGACUUCUCCGGUGGAAUCGUGGCUCCGAGGCCUCGCCUUUGCAUUAUGCGCGACCGUGGCCGAGGCCAAAUAUCCCUUCUCAUCAUCCGCACCCAAGGCCACCCUCACCAAUGACACCUCGGUUUCGUUCGAUCCGCUCGGCGUGGCAGCCGUCUUGGGCAAUCCACGGGCCGGGGCGAGUGCUGCCAAGCUGUAUGUUCAGUAUGAUCGAGAUGUGUUUCACUGGCCACACAUGACCAUGGUCGGGGGCACACUCCCAGCCAUGCAGAUGUUGGUCGAGCACCUCACCUCCGGCCUUCUCUCCAUCCAUCCAGCCAUCAAGCUGUGCGCCCAGGACACCACAAUGAUCCCGAUUCGGUCCAAUGUCUCAAACCAGGUCUUUCGGGAGCUCCCGUUGACACUCAGCAAUCUCUGGCUCAACGACCUGAUCGCGUUCAAGCCGAGCGACGAAUAUCCGGGAAAUGACUUCAUGGUGAUUCACAUCGAUGCCGUUCACGAGUCAGCAGCGGACAAGCGGCGCCGUAUGAGGAAAGAUCCAGGCCACGGCUGGUGGAUGGUCGGGCGACUGUCCCUCUAUCUCCUCAUUCUUAUCAACGGAGCUAUGAUCCUGGCGGCCAUGCUCAUCGGCAUCCUCGCGGCAGACAUCUGGGCGUUCUCCUUAUUCUUCCUGUACGGCAGUCACUGGAUCGCAUCCGCCCUCAUCACGUUUGUGCCCAUGGUGCAGGUCCAUGUGCCGCCGAUCGUGAAGAGCGAAAGCCCGCGGUAUGCGGCCUACCAACGGCCCGAGGGUGGUACCGUCAUCUUUAAAGGGCGCCAGGAUACACUGGAAGGGUGGGCGCGAUCGACGUGGGAAUACAAGCCUACGCCCUUGAAGGCAGCCCUGCACUGGACGUGGAUGAUCACCGGCGCGCUGGCCGCCUUCGCCUCGGUCGCAUGCAUGGUCAACAUGCACGGCUACCUCCAGCUCGCCUUCCUCGCCGUGCUCGUCUACGCGACCUUAGCGGAAAUCAUUGCCACCAAGGUCUCCCGCCGACUGCAGAUCAAGGCUAAGGGCUACAUCCCGUCGGAUUUGGUUAAAAGCAACGAAACUCGAUCGCAGGGGAUCAUCUCUGCGACCAUCGCGAUCCAGCCGGAAUGUCGCUUAGAGGGGUUUGAUUGGAUCCAGAUGGGCCUGCUCCCCAGCAUGCCCGCUUUCCGUCAGAUGCAGGUCACGCUGGCGAGGAUCAACAAGCGUCAACGCGAGGAGGAGUCCCGGCUCACUCCCUGCAGUGCGGCGGAGAUUGCGGUGCUGCGAGCGGAUAUGAAAACAUGUUACCAAGAUUACCAAACAGAGGCGAUCAAGGAAGCUGAGGAGGAUAAGCGAGACGUCACGGCAAAUCUGGCUGCACGUCUGGCCACCGAGAUGAGUGAUGCUGUGGAGAAAUGGAUGGAGAAACUUCCACAGGAGAAAGCUGCCACACCCAAGGCCGAUCAAUGAGAUGCCUUUGUCAUCACAACUGAACUGGUUCCUAUAUUUUAUCACAUGUAGUGCGCAUGCGUUCCUGAUCUAAGCCG